UCUUGUUUAAGCUUUCUAGCAUUAGAAUUAUGCUACGACCCUAUUGCCCCUUACAGAAAGAUCAUCUUUAUUUAACAGAUUCAGAGACAGAAUCCGAUGAUUCAUGUGAGCAUGUUCAGAGCCAAAAAAGAAACAAUAAUGGAGGAAUUCAUGUGGGAAAGAAAACAUACAGAAGUAAGAGAAUUAAAAUUGCAGAAACUGGCCGGGAUAGCCAACCACUCCACCACCCAGAAGAUUCAGAUGUGAUAAUAAUUAGGAAAGCAGAAAAAUAUCAGCAAUGCAUGAAACAGAUUUUGAUUCCAGCAAGCGGGGCGACAGUGUCACCUAUUCCCUUCAUAAGCUGGCAAGGAUUAGCCAAAUCCAUUAAGCAAAAGUAUGAGCAGCCAUUGCAUUAUCUGACAGACAAGCUUUUAAAAGAAUGGGACCAAUCUAGAGAAGAAAACGAUAAGCUAUUGCUCGAAGAUAUAAUUGAUCCUGCUAAAGCUGAAACUACAAUUUGGGUUGUUGAACAGUUCCACAGGCAAUGCUCUUCUCCCCAGUUUCUUGCUAAAUUAUGGCGUUCAGAUCCUUUUUAUCAAGAUUUUGUUCAUCCCAUUAUCCCUUAGUCGUUAA